GCACACCCCCAUGUACUUCUUCCUCCUCAACCUGGCCCUCCUCGACCUGGGCUGCAUCUCCACCACUCUCCCCAAAGCCAUGGCCAACGCCCUCUGGGACACCAGGGCCAUCUCCUACUCUGGUUGUGCUGCACAGGUCUUUUUCUUUAUCUUCUUCCUCUCCGCAGAGUAUUCCCUUCUCACCAUCAUGUCCUAUGACCGCUAUGUUGCCAUCUGCAAGCCCCUGCACUAUGGGACCUUGAUGGACAGCAGAGCUUGUGCCACCAUGGCAGCAGCUGCCUGGGGCGCUGGGUUUCUCAGUUCUUUGAUGCAGACUGCCAGUACAUUUUCACUGCCUCUCUGCCAUGGGAAUGUUGUCAACCAGUUUUUCUGUGAAAUCCCCCAGAUCCUCAAGCUCUCCUGCUCAGAAUCAUAUCUCAGGGAAGUUGUGUUUAUCGCUUUUACUAUCAGUUUAGCAUUUGGCUGCUUUCUUUUUAUAUUUGUGUCCUAUUUGCAAAUCUUUAUUACUGUGCUGAGGAUGCCCUCUGAGCAGAGUCGGCACAAAGCCUUCUCCACGUGCCUCCCUCACCUGUCUGUGGUCUCCCUGUUUCUUAGCACUGCCUUUUUUGCCUACCUGAAGCCCUUGUCCAUUUCCUCCCCACUCCUGGAUCUGACAGUGGCACUUCUGUACUCUGUGGUGCCUCCAACACUGAACCCUAUUAUCUACAGCAUGAGGAACAGGGAGAUCAAGCAUGCUCUCAGGAAGCUUUUGCAGUAAGCACUAUUACAGCUUCCAUGAAUUGCAUGUCUUCCUCACAUGAUUCCCUGUGAUAGUUCUUUAUCUUUCAUGCAUAUCUGGUAGUUUGAUUUUCUGUUAUACAGGAAUCUGCAGAAAAACGUUGAAAAUUAUUUCACAUUUUUUCCUAACUACUUUCUCUUUUUGCUCUCCAAGAGCUCAU